AUGCAGCUGCGACACGUUCGGACUCUACUGACUCCUCAGGAUGGGGCAGCCAAGGUUACCUGCAUGGCCUGGGCCCCAAAUAAUGCCAAAUUUGCCGUUUGCACAGUGGAUCGAGUGGUUCUCUUAUAUGAUGAACAGGGUGAGCGUAGGGACAAGUUUUCCACCAAGCCUGCAGAUGCUAAGUAUGGCAGGAAGAGCUAUGUGGUAAAAGGAAUGGCAUUUUCCCCAGAUUCUACUAAGAUUGCUGUCGGGCAGUCAGACAACAUAAUCUUUGUAUACAAAAUUGGGGAAGAAUGGGGUGACAAAAAAGUGAUCUGCAACAAGUUCAUUCAGACAAGCGCUGUGACAUGUUUGCUAUGGCCAGAGGAGAAUACCAUUGUGUUUGGGCUUGUUGAAGGCAAGAUUCGUUUAGCUAACACCAAGACCAACAAAUCCUCUACCAUUUACGGAACAGAUUCUUAUGUGGUGUCAUUGGCCUCCAAUGUCUCGGGGAAGGGUAUCCUCUCUGGACAUGCAGAUGGAACCAUUGUGCGUUAUUUCUUUGAUGAUGAAGGCUCUGGGGAAUCACAGGGCAAAUUGGUGAUGCACCCCUGUCCUCCUUAUGCCUUGGCAUGGGCAUCCAACAGCAUUGUGGCUUGCGGCUGUGACAAAAAGAUUGUGGCCUAUGGGAAAGAAGGACAUGUGAUCCAAACCUUUGACUACAGUCGAGAUGCUUCAGAGAAGGAGUUCACUGUUGCAGCCGCCAGUCCAGGGGGCCAAUCAGUAGUAAUUGGCAGUUUUGACAGGCUGAGAGUGCUGAACUGGAGUCCCCGUCGCAGUGCAUGGGAGGAAGCCAAGCCCAAGGAAAUUUCUCAUCUAUAUACCAUCACAGCCUUGGCCUGGAAACGAGAUGGUUCACGACUCUGUGCGGGUACCCUGUGUGGUGGAGUGGAACAGUUUGACUGCUGUCUUCGCAGGAGCAUUUACAAGAACAAAUUUGAAAUGACGUAUGUGGGGCCGAGCCAGGUCAUUGUGAAGAAUUUGUCCACUGGUAUGCGAGUAGUUUUGAAAUCCCACUAUGGCUAUGAAAUUGAUGAGGUGAAAAUCCUGGGAAAGGAACGCUACCUUGUUGCCCACACCUCAGAUACACUGCUUCUGGGUGACCUGAGUUCCACCAAACUUAGCGAGGUGGCCUGGCAAGGAUCUGGUGGGAAUGAGAAGUUUUUCUUUGACAAUGAAAAUGUCUGCAUGAUCUUCAAUGCGGGAGAGUUGACUCUAGUGGAAUAUGGGAGCAAUGAGAUUCUGGGUUCUGUGCGCACUGAGUUUAUGAACCCCCAUCUCAUCAGUGUCCGACUCAAUGAGAGGAGGCAACGAGGAGCUGAGGAGAACAAACGGCUAGCCUAUUUGGUUGACAUUAAGACCAUUGCAGCAGUGGACCUUGUGGCCAGCUAUAAUAUUGGCACUAUCAGCCAUGACAGCAAGAUUGACUGGCUGGAGCUGAAUGAAACUGGUCAUAAAUUGCUUUUCCGGGAUAAAAAGAUGAAGCUGCAUCUUUAUGAUAUUGACAAUGCUGUAAAGACCACCAUCCUUAGCUACUGCUCCUAUGUGCAGUGGGUUCCAGGGAGUGACGUGGUGGUAGCCCAGAAUCGGAACAGUCUCUGUGUAUGGUAUAAUAUUGAUACGCCAGAACGAGUGACCAUGUUCCCUAUGAAGGGUGAUAUUGUGGACUUGGAAAGGAGCAAUGGGAAGACAGAGGUGAUUGUGACUGAGGGUGUAAAUACCGUGUCCUACACUCUGGAUGAGGGGCUCAUUGAGUUUGGCACAGCCAUUGAUGAUGGCGACUACCACAGAGCUGUAGCUUUCUUAGAAACAUUGGAGAUGUCUGCUGAGACAGAGGCCAUGUGGAAAACAUUAAGUCGAUUAGCGUUGGAGGCCAAACAGCUGCAUAUUGCUGAACGGUGUUUUGCUGCUCUUGGACAAGUAUCUAAGGCUCGAUUUCUCCAUGAAACAAAUGAGAUUGCUGACCAAGUGGCCAAGAAAUACGGAGGGGAUGGCACAGACUAUUACCAGGUCCGAGUCCGCUUGGCUAUGUUAGAAAAAAACUACAAGCUGGCAGAGAUGAUCUUUCUGGAGCAGAAUGCUGUGGAGGAGGCCAUGGAGAUGUAUCAAGAGCUUCACAUGUGGGAUGAAUGCAUCUCAGUGGCAGAGGCAAAAAACCAUCCUGCAUUAGAAAAAUUGCGUCAAAGCUAUUAUGAGUGGCUGCUGCAGACACAGCAGGAGGAGCGAGCUGCUGAGGUGCAGGAGAGCCAAGGGGACUUGCAAGCAGCCAUUGGCCUCUACCUGAAGGCUGGGCUACCAGCUAAAGCAGCACAGCUGACCAUGGACCGAGAGGAACUACUGGCAAAUAUUGACCUCAUCAAUCGUAUUGCUACAGCCCUGAUUCGAGGAGAGCUUUUUGAGCAGGCUGGAGAACUCUUCGAAAAAAUUCGGAACCCACAAAGAGCACUGGAGUGCUAUCGCAAGGGCAACUCAUUUCUGAAAGCAGUAGAACUUUCUCGUUCAGUUUUUCCAGCAGAAGUGGUAAAGCUGGAGGAGGGCUGGGGAGACCACCUUGUACAACAGAAGCAACUAGAUGCAGCUAUCAACCACUACAUUGAGGCCAGGUGUGCUAUCAAGGCCAUUGAAGCAGCCAUUGGGGCUCGGCAGUGGAAGAAAGCUAUAUACAUUCUUGAUAUGCAGGAUAGGAAAACAGCAACCAAGUAUUACCCCAAAAUUGCCCAACACUAUGCAGCCUUGCAAGAGUAUGAGAUAGCAGAGGAAUUGUAUAUCAAAGGAGACCACAUUAAGGAUGCCAUUGAUAUGUACACCCAAGCUGGACAUUGGGAAAAGGCACAUAAGCUGGCAUCAAAAUGUAUGAAGCCAGAGGAUGUGUCAGUGCUGUACAUUACACAAGCUCAGGAGAUGGAGCGACAGGGAAAGUACAAGGAAGCUGAGAGGCUCUACAUAACUGUGGAUGAACCAGACUUGGCCAUUACAAUGUACAAGAAUUGCAAGAUGUAUGAUGAGAUGAUUUGCCUGCUGGCCAAAUACCACAAGGAUCUGCUGAGCGAUACACAUUUGCACUUGGGCAAGGAACUGGAAGCUGAUGGGCAUCUGCAGGAGGCUGAAUAUCACUACCUUGAAGCCAAGGAUUGGAAGGCAGCUAUAAACAUGUAUCGUGUGAACAAUAUGUGGGAUGAGGCCUAUAGGGUAGCAAAAGCUCAUGGUGGAGCAAAUUCUCACAAGCAUGUGGCCUUCUUGUGGGCAAAGAGUCUUGGUGGAGAGGCUGCCGUGAAACUCCUCAACAAAUUUGGACUUCUGGAAAUGGCCAUUGACCAUGCAGCUGACAACAACAUUUUUGAUUUUGCCUUUGAGUUGGCUAGACUCUCCCUGAAGCAGAAACUACCUGAGAUCCACUUCAAAUAUGGCUCUUUCCUGGAAGAUGAGGGCAAGUUUGAAGAAGCAGAGGUGGAAUUUGUGAAGGCCGGGAAGCCUAAAGAGGCAGUUCUAAUGUAUGCUCAUGCUCAGAACUGGGCUGCUGCCCAACGAGUAGCUGAAGUCCAUGAUCCAGAGAGUGUAGUGAUUGUGCUAGUUGGUCAAGCUGAUGCUGCCUUCAAGCAAAAAGAGUUCCAGAAAGCAGAAGCUUUGCUGUUGCGUGCUCAGCGACUUGAUCUAGCUGUGAAACACUACAAGGAAGCUGCUAUGUGGACUGAUGCUCUCCGAAUCUGCAAAGAAUUUCUCCCUGGAGAUCUGGAGGUUCUACAAGAAGAGUAUGAACGGGAGGUGGCUAAAAAAGGAUCCAGAGGCAUUGAGGGCCUCUUGGAGCAGGCACGUGAGUGGGAGCAAGCAGGCGAAUAUGCCAGAGCUGUGGACUGCUAUCUCAAGGUGCGGGACCCUAGCAACAGUGCAUUGAUGGAAAAAUGUUCCAUGAAGGCAGCUGAACUUUCUAUCAAGUUUCUUGGCCAGCCUCGGAGCAUUGAGGUGAUGAGGACAGUGGGGCCCCAGCUGGUCAGCAUUGGCAAGUUCAGCGUGGCGGUAGAGCUAUACCUCAACCUUGAUCUAAUCAAGGAAGCCAUCGAUGCUCUCAUGGAGGGGGAGGAGUGGAGCAGAGCUAAGUGUGUGGCCAAAGAGCUUGACCCCAGAUACGAAGAAUAUGUGGAUCAACACUAUAAAGAAUACCUCAAGAAUCAAGGCAAAGUAGAUUCGCUUGUGGGCGUGGAUGUUAUGGCUGCCCUCGAUAUGUAUGUGGAAAGGGGGCAGUGGGAAAAGUGCCUGGAGACAGCUGCCAAACAGAAUUAUAAAGUGCUGCAUAAAUAUGUGGCUCUUUAUGCCACAUAUUUGAUCCGUGAGAACAGCUGGGACAAAGUCUUGAGCCUCUAUAUCCAGAAUGGUGCCCCUGCCAAUGUCCAGAAUUUCAAUAUUUAUAAACGACUAUUUAUGGAGAUGGUGAAUGCAGCCAACAUGAAUAGGCCAGAGGCUUAUCACAGCUGGGCUGAUUUGCGGGACGUGCUCUUCAACCUGUGUGAAAAUUUAGGGAAAUCAAGUGAAGCCAAUUCACCAGCUCAUGAGGAGUUUGAAACCAUAUUGCUUAUAUCCCACUACUAUGCUACACGAUCUGCAGCCCAAAGCAUCAAACAGCUGGAAACUGUGGCAGCCAAGCUCUCCAUCUCUUUGUUGCGCCAUACUGAGAUCAUUCCAGCAGACAAGGCCUUCUAUGAAGCAGGGACAGCAGCUAAGAGUGUUGGUUGGCAGAACAUGGCUUUUAUCUUCCUGAACCGUUUCCUUGAUUUGACUGAUGCAAUUGAAGAGGGCUCCCUUGAUGCUCUAGACCACUCAGACUUCCAAAAUACAGAUAUCCCUUUUGAAGUGCCACUGCCUGCCAAGCCACAUAUCUCAGAAGAGCAGCGUGAGGAGAUCCGUGACUGGGUUCUCACGGUCUCCAUGGAUCAACGGUUGGAACAGGUGCUACCACAAGAUGAGCGUGACACUUACGAAGCCUCUCUGGUAGCAGCAAGCACUGGCGUGCACUCCCUGCCCUGCCUUAUCACAGGCUAUCCUGUACUAAGGAAUAAAGUGGAAUUCAAGUGUCCUGGCAAAGAGGCAAACAAGGAAAGCUGGAACAAAUUCUUGAUGGCAGUCAAGAUGUCACACAGCCCCCCCUGCCAGGAUGUUCUCAAGUUCAUCAGCCAGUGGUGUGGAGGGCUGCCCAGUACCAGCUUCUCCUUCCAGUGAGCUACCUCAGCAUUUCGUUAAGUCUUCAACCCCCUUUAGAUAUUUAUUCUCCCAUAUUAAAUAUAUUGUUUAUAUAA